GCCUUUGCGUGAGGCUCGGCAUGAGCAGGCGCUUUCUUCGCACGCGAGCUCUGAUACGGCUCCCGUGCCGCCACUACCAGCCAUGCCUCCAAGAGUAGCCUGCCCGCAGGGGUUCAGUCUUAUAACAUUAUGCCUGCGGCCCGCGGUAAGGCCAACACUGGCGGCGGCGGCGGCGGCGGCGGCUAGCCUUCAGCCGCUGGUGCAGACGGCCAGCAUAUCCCUGAAGGAGAAGAAGCGGAAAGCAAAGAUAGACCCGUACUGGUGGGAGCAGUCGCAACAGAGGAUAGCGAAGAACAAGCAGCGGCAGGCCGAGCUGCGCGCCAUACGCGACAAGGAAUGGGGCAGCCCCGUCCAUGGCAUCCCGACGCCGUUCGUCGAGUCCCUUGACUCGGCCGGCCAGGAGGCCAUGUCGCGGGUGGUGGCGCGCGACAAGGACGGCAACCUGGUGGACGCGGAGCCCCAGCCGCUGCCGACGUCGCCGCACCUGCUCAACUACCAGCUCACGCGGGACGAGCUGGAGCGGGCGCUGGCGGACUCGUACCGCCUCACCCGGCCCGUGCCUAACCCCAACGAGAGCGAGGCAAUGCGGCUGGAGAACGAGCGCCUGCACCAGGAGCGGCACCAGAAGGCGGCGCUGGCGCUGCAGCGCAUCACGGCGCUCGAGAACGCGAGCUCUGAGGACCGCAGGCACGCAAACAUCCGCCGCUGCAUCGAGACAUUCGGCCGGCACGCCACGGACAACUUCCUGAGGCCCAAGCCGGUGCCCGUCGGCGUCAAGCCCCUCGAGCCGGUUCCCCGCGCAGGGCCCGACACGGGCUCGUCCGAGGUCCAGAUCGCGAUCCUCACGACCAAAAUCAGAGUCCUCGCACGCAUGUACGAGGGGAAGCACGGCAACGGCGACAAGGUCAACAAGCGAAACCUGAGAUUGCUGGUCCACAGGCGGCAGAAGCUCCUCAAGUAUAUGGAGAGGAAGGAGCGGGGGAGCGAGAGAUGGACUCAUAUGCUCGAGAAGCUUGGGCUGACCCCAGCGACCUGGAAAGACCAGAUCGCCAUCGAAUGAUGGGCCUGAUGAUGCGUUUUGUAUGUAUAUCUCCCCAGGGCUCCCACUUGGGACUCGAGAUGAUCCCAACCCAAUCUCUUACCGUCAACAGUUCGACACGGGGAAAAGGGGACUGUGAUAUAGAUGUGUAAUUUUGCGGUGUAAAAUACAUGCAGUCUCGGCAAGAUCGACACCGAUCUCCCUUCCUGCUUUGCUGCCCAGGCUGCGCCAUCCCAUGAUCUGCGGGCCGACCGCCAUUUAGCGGCGUGUUGGCAAAGGCCUCUGGUAUUACCUUUUACCCCAAAUUCGAAAGACAAUAAAAGGAGCCAAACUGAAAUAAGCCAAAAGAUUCGCCGCAUGGGACAGAAUGAUAGCAAAAGGAGAGACACAGUUACUAACUAGAAAAUCAAAAGCAGAAGCCAACCAAACCCAAACAGCAGACUAGGUGUGAUCAGAACACACUAAUGUAAUUUCCAAUGCGCUCCUUCUGGUUCUGCGCGAUACACUCGGCG